GCCGCCGGCGCGGCCGCCGGCGCCCGGCCGCGCGCCAUGGAGCGGUUGGAAUCACUAAUCGACGCGGCCUGGAGCAGGCUGAGGAUGGGCUUCAGCUCGGCUCUGCAGGGCCGCGCCAGCCACGAGGCGCUGCUGUCGCGCCAGGACUGCGAGCUCCGCCUCAUGGACACCAUCCGACGCUGCCUCCAGCUGCGUGUCAAGUGCGACCGCGAGUACGCCGCCGGCCUCACGCAGGUCGUGGCGCAGGCGCAGAAGUGGGAGCGCGCCGAGGACAUGGCGGGCAGCCUCAUCGCUCAGGCCUGGUCGACGAUGAUGGACGAGACCGAGUCGCUGAGCCGGCUGAUCCGCGCCAACGCCGAGACGCUGGCCACGGGGGUCAUCGACAAACUCAACGUGCUGACGACUGAGAAGCGGGCCUCGCGCAAGAUCUACCAGGACGAACAGAGCCGCAUGGCGUUCGAGAUUAGUCGGUACCAGGAGAACGUCUCCAAACUGAAAGCUGAGUAUGAGAAGAAUCUCGAGAUCUACAAGAUCGCCAAAGCACGUUACGAAGAUCAGUUUGUCAAAGGCAAGGCGGGCCGGAAGCUGGACGAGGUGAAGGACCGGUACGUGAAAGCUUGCCGCCGCCUGCACAACGCGCACAACGAGUACGUGCUGCUGCUGCUGGAGGCGAGCCAGUACGAGCGCGACUUCCGCACCGUGCUGCUGCCAGCGCUGCUGGAGUACCAGCAGCUGGUGCAGGAGGACAUGGUGGAACGCUGGUGCGCCAUCAUGCGGUCGGCGGCCCCGAAGAACUGA